GUGGUCGCGGCCUCGGAUCACGUGACGCGAGAGCCGGCUGGGAUCGAUUGCUCCUGCCUGCAGACCCUGGGCGGUGGAUCGCAGAGAUCGGUCGGAGCGGAAGGUCACACACACACUCACACACACACACACACGAUGAUGAUGGUGACGGUGACCCGCGGGCUGUUCCGCUCCGCCGCCGUCUGUCACAUGUUUACACGUUCUGCCUUCACUGCAACAAAACCCGACUACACUAAACCCAAUUGGCUGCGUGUUGGCCUGGCAUUUGGCACCUCAAUAGCAAUAUGGACUCUGCUCUUCAAGCAACAUGAUGAUGAUGUCAAGGAAUACAAUAGGCUAAAUGGAAUCGAGUAACUCACCACCAGGUAUACUUGCUUAAAAACAUGUAAGUGAAGGAAAGGCCUGGAGUCGAGAUUCCAAGGAGCCAUGGGUUAACCUGACUAUGAAACUUCGUGGAGCAAGAAGAUUCUAUCCCGCAAAUUGAAAAAUGUACACAAAUGUUUAAAUUUCUUUUGCUUUAUGCUCAAGAGACAGAUUUAUUCUGAAAUAAAUUAAGAGAAAAA